AUGUUUACACAACUGAAGUAUACGAUUCGGUUCACAAUUAUGGGAGCGUUAAUAUCCGUACCAUUUAUUGUAUAUUUCAAUAAAGUGGUCGAAAUUAAUGGCCAAAUCAACGGCCGAUGGUUUAAGUAUCUGAAAGUAUUGUCCACUUUGUGGUCACAAAGGAAGGCGAGAAAGAAUCACAGAAUUCAUACACACAAUGCCCUAAGCGAUAGGGCACAGGACGCGGGUGUGUUGCCAUUUAAACACGAGUGGGAUUAUGAUUUACCUGCACAGACAAAAGCCGAGGAUUUGUUGAUAUAUGGCGUGAAUUCAUCGAAACAAAGCAUUUAUAUUGCAAUCAAAUGGAGACCAAAAGGAGUGAACGAUAAGAUUAAUGCAACCAUUAGUUUGAGAUUUGAUGACAACAACAGUAAUAGCUAUACAUUAGAGGAGGACUCGGAGGUCGAGUACCGGAGCAAUGAAUACAGAGUGUGUGGACUCGGCUUAGAGAUAUCGGUACCAUUCAAGAGGAAGCGAAUCAAAUUCCGGGGAUAUCUGACCAAAAACAAUGACAAACUGGUAUUCGUUAGGUUCCGGUUCUUAUGGUACGUUCUCUCCCGGGUCUAUGACUUCAGCCACGACUUCAACGACACAUUUAUGGCCAAAGAGUUGACACUAUCUUCAGAUAUAAAGGAAACCGAAAAUCGAUUCGAGAAUCGAUUUGAACAAUUCGGUCAAAUGAAAGGCACGUUUCGGGAAGAGUUUGAUGAGGAGAGACGGCUCUACUUCUGGGGCGCUAUCAGUAAAAAGUAUUUAAUGUCUCCAAUGAGUACACCAUUGAAGCGACGUAUCGUCAGAAUUAGUGGCUAUAAUAAGAUUGGAAUUGGUUUUCAAAUAGGGUUUGUGAACAUUAAUAAUAGCCAAACAUAUCGUUACGGCUUUCUCUUUGAAGAAUUGGGAAGAUUUCACAAAUUAUCCGAUAUUUCGUUAUCGGAGACAGACUUUGAAAACUUAUUAAAUAAUAAAAACAUGAAAUUUGUCGCUAAAUUCAAUGGAAAAGAGUUUAAGUUUGAAAUUAAACCAAAUAAAGGUUUGGCACAGAAUUUGAUGAUAAAUGGCGCCGAAGGAAUGUGUUUUGUAUCAGAAGAUAAUGACACAGAAUUUGGUGGUAAUAUUGAAUUACAAGAAGUAUCAGAGGACUCAUCGCAUGUUUUGGCGUUUAACGAGAAAUAUGCAAAACUCGUUGACUUAAGUGGAGGUAAAGGAAGUUCUUUAGCGGUUCUCAAGAGUUUGAGUGAAGAUUUGGUUAAAGAGAAGUACGAAAACACAUUCAAUGUUCCGAAUGGUGUUAUUGUGACCACAAAUGCUAGCGUUGACUUAAGUGGAGGUAAAGGAAGUUCUUUAGCGGUUCUCAAGAGUUUGAGUGAAGAUUUGGUUAAAGAGAAGUACGAAAACACAUUCAAUGUUCCGAAUGGUGUUAUUGUGACCACAAAUGCUUAUCAAAGACUUCUUCGGGAACACAAGGAUGUGAUGAAAGGCAUCCAAGACUUGGAAGACUCGACACAAUUGACAACACAAGAGCUUAAAACUAAAUGCUCUCAAUUAGUAGAUCUGAUAUCUAAUCACAGUUUACCACAAAUUAUUAGACAAGAAAUCAAAGGCAAAUUGAAUGCAAAUUUCAAUGAUUUUGAAAACAAUUUAUUUGCCGUCAGAUCUUCGGGCGCUUCAGAAGACUCGGAAGAGAUGUCAGCCGCCGGACAAAUGACUACUUUUCUCGGUGUCAGAGGUUUGGAUAACAUCUGUGAGGCUGUGAUGAAGUGCUGGUCUUCACAGUUCUCUCACAUCGCAUACGAGUAUAAGAGAGGUUACGGACAGACCAUUAAUACCCCGAUGGCUGUUGUCAUCCAAGAGAUGAUUGGCUGCGAAUCGGCGGGAAUGAUUGGCUGCGAAUCGGCGGGAGUUAUGUUCACUUGUGAUCCGAUUACCGGCGAUGAGAGGGUUAUUGAGAUUACAGGCAAUUAUGGAUUGGGAGAAUCUGUGGUCUCCGCGUCUUCAGAACCCGACACAAUCAAAAUGUCGGUUAAUAUUGAGUCCAACUCUUUGUCCAAACGAAGACAUAUUAAGGGAAUUGAAUCCAAAGUCAUCGGACAGAAGAAGACUUUAAUCAGAUUAUUAGAAAAUGGAGGCACUCUUGAGGAAGACAUUGAGGAUACGAAUAGCUGUUGUGUUAGCGAUGAAGACUUAUAUCGUUUGGCAGAUUUGGGCUUAAAAAUUCAAUCAUAUUAUGGAGACGCAAGAGAUAUAGAAUGGGGUCUAAAAGGGGGCCAAAUAUUUAUGCUUCAGUCGAGACCCGUAACUAAUUUAGACAAUUCUUACACCGAUUACGAGAUUAUGCAUGAAUUGGACACAGCACAUCCAUCUGAGUUUGAGAUAUACUCUCGAGCUCAUUGGGGCGAGAACUACCCUGCGGUAACUAUUGUCUUACAGCGGGAAGUGCUGGCCUCGGAUACGAGCGCCACAAUGGAUGACUACAACCCGUACGUCGAUAUGAUGGGUGUCUGUUAUAAUCAGCUAUUUUUCAAUCUGACAAAUUACGUGUUCGACCGGUUCUACGACUACCCGGAGUCCAAACUGUCCGAGUAUUCAGUGCUGGCCUUCUUCGGGCAUCACAUCACAGAUAGGGAUACUUUGGAUAUGUUUCAGGAGAAACGGCAUCGCCUUCACAGGCCAUCACUCAUCGAGAAUAUCAAAUACUACGCAAACAUAUUCUUCUUCGGUCGGGCGAAGAUGUUCGCCGAUAUCGACAAAUAUAUGGGUCACUACGAUAUGGUCCAGAAGUUGAGACAGUAUUCGGGCGCCAAACGGGUCUUCGACGGCCUCAUGAAGGAGUACGAGAUGACUGAUGUCAUGUUCUUCCACCACAGUUGGGCCACUCAGGGCUCCACCAUUAAGAAUGAAGGCGCCAAACGGGUCUUCGACGGCCUCAUGAAGGAGUACGAGAUGACUGAUGUCAUGUUCUUCCACCACAGUUGGGCCACUCAGGGCUCCACCAUUAAGAAUGGUAUCAUAAGAUACCUUCUCGAGACCGCACAACAAAACAACCCAAACCUGGAGUCGGACAUGAAUUUACUCAUCUCUUCGUGCGACGAAGUGGUCAGCGCCGAAGUGCCCAACCGUUUGCGUGAUAUCGCUGUAGCCAUCGAAGACAGGCAACGAUUCGUCCGUCUCAGCGAUGAGGAGGCGCUCGAAGAGCUCCGGCGCGGAACCGGUGAGGCGUCGCGACUGUUCGGUCAGUUUCUCAAAGAUCACGGCCACAGAGGCUAUAAAGAGAUGGAUCCCUACUGUAAGCCCUGGGAAGACAAUCCCAUUCCAUGCGUGAAGAACUUGAAGGGAAUCCUUUCGGGCAGUGAAAACCUAUUGAAGCCAAAAGUAGUCAAAUCGGUCGAUGAAGUGUAUUCCUCCCCUGGAGUCGAAAGGGUGUCGGCUAUCGAGANAAUCCUUUCGGGCAGUGAAAACCUAUUGAAGCCAAAAGUAGUCAAAUCGGUCGAUGAAGUGGUCAACGAAUUGCGGACUCCGUUGUCGUUCUGGAGGCGGUAUCUGAUCCGUAAAGUAUUCCUCCCCUGGAGUCGAAAGGGUGUCGGCUAUCGAGAGGUGUCCAAAGGGUUUAUGGUUUGGUUUAAUCAUCGGAUCCGCAAAGGGUUCACAUAUUUGGCCGAAACGAUGGUCGCGGAGGGACUCAUACCGUCUGUGGACUCGUUCUUCUUCCUGACCAUCGAUGAGAUCGAGCGGCUCUGCAAUGGAGACAGAGAUGCACUCAUUUUGGCGAAAGUACGCCAAAGAAGGCGAUUGUACCCAAAGAUGGAUAAAUACAAGUUUGAAGAGAUCAUCAAAGGGCCAGAAAUGAUGCCCAAAAAUUUUGAAGAGAAGAUCGAUAUUCCGAUAUCUACUGAGGGAUCCCUUAGAAUGUCCGGAACUCCUGUAAGUCUGGGAACAGUUAAGGCAAGAGUCUGUGUGGCAGAGAAUAUUAGUGACGCCGAUAAUAUUCAACCGGGAGAUAUUCUGAUCACGUACUCGACGGACAUCGGUUGGAGUCCAUACUUCCCAUUACUUUCGGGUAUAAUCACAGAAAUCGGUGGAACGAUAUCUCACGGGGCAGUCAUUGCCCGCGAAUACGGGAUCCCGAAAAUCGGUGGAACGAUAUCUCACGGGGCAGUCAUUGCCCGCGAAUACGGGAUCCCGAGUCUGAUAGCAGUGGAGGGCGCGUGUCGUGCCUUCAGGACCGGCGAUAUCUGUCUAUUGGACACUAAGACACAGACCAUCACUAGAAUCGCUUAA